AUGAGUGAGAAUGCGAUGCACGUCGAGGCCACUCACGAAGGUGCGCCUCGAUUCCAAGUGAAAAAGUGGAAUAGCGUAUGUCUUUGGAGCUGGGAUAUCCAAGUGGACAACUGCGCUAUCUGCCGGAAUCAGAUUAUGGAUCUCUGUAUCGAGUGCCAAGCGAAUCAGGGUUCCGCCACUAUUGACGAAUGCACUGUAGCGUGGGGCGCUUGCAAUCAUGCGUUUCACUUCCAUUGUAUCUCCCGUUGGCUGAAAACGCGGCCUGUGUGCCCACUUGAUAACCGCGAAUGGGUCCUACAAAAGUACGUGCACACAUGCCAUGAUCUGAGCUGGUCUUACUGA